UCUGAAUUUAAUUUAAUUUAUUUUUUUUAUCAGGAAAAAACGAAAACACUUCUCUCUCACACUACAUCACAUAUCUAUGUUCUCUCUAUAUAUAGAUCUCACCAUCUCUCCGUCUCUCCUGAUUUCAUUUCACACUUCCAUCUGUUGACGAAACAUCUGAAUAUAGAGAAGGAAAGAGAAAGGGGAGGGAAUUAGGGAGGAGAAUCUUAGCUUUUUGUGACGGAUAAGAAAUGGGUUCGAUUCCUCCUGAACUGAGCUUGGAUUUUAGGCCAACUUAUGUGCCCAAAACUAUCAGUGAUUGCCUCAAGGAGGUAUCGAUGAUCGGGGACGUUUCGGAGAAGGUCUCCAAACUUGACGGUUUUCUCAAAGGAUUGGAAGAGGAAAUGAGGAAGAUCGAUGCGUUUAAGCGCGAGCUCCCUCUUUGCAUGCUUCUAUUGAAUGACGCAAUUCUAUUUUUGAAGGCAGAGUCAAUACAAUGUGCAGCAUCAAAUAAUCAACCAGUUUUAGAAGAAUUCAUCCCAUUGAAGAAAAACUGUAAUGAUGAUGAUGAUGAUGAUGACGAUGACGAUGAACAAGAUUGUCCGAUCAAAAUGGAAAAAGACUCUAGAGACAAGAAAAAUUGGAUGAGCUCUGUUCAGUUGUGGAACACUAAUGAUCAUCCCUCUACCGAUAAUAUCUUUGAUCAAAAACAAAAUCUCAAACUAGAGGCCGAGACAACUAAGAAAGGAAAUCAAUUUGCACAUGAGGAUACAUUCCAGGCCUGCAAAAGCAGGAGUGCAGCAAGAACAUUUAUGCCAUUUAGGACCUACUCUGGUUUAUCAAGGAAGGAGGAUAAUAAUACAAGUGAGGAAUUGCCGGUUCCUGGUCUCUCUCUCUUAACUCCUGGAAUCAAGAACUUAAGGGCAGAAUCUGGCUCUACAGGUUCAAGAAUCAGUUGUAGUAGAGCAGUUUCCUGUUCUGCCCCUAAUCCUCAAUCAAAUUUACGAAAUGGUCCACAACCAUCUCAGCAACAAACUGCUAGGAAGCAGAGGAGGUGCUGGUCCCCAGAGUUGCAUCGCCGGUUUGUCAAUGCUUUACAACAACUUGGAGGCUCUCAAGCUGCUACUCCAAAGCAGAUUAGAGAACUAAUGCAAGUUGAUGGCUUGACCAAUGACGAAGUGAAGAGUCAUUUGCAAAAAUACCGACUUCAUACACGAAGAAUGCCACCAGCUACAGCUGCCCCUGCAAACCGAUCUGUUGUUGUUUUGGGGGGUUUGUGGAUGUCCCAAGAUCAGUAUGGUGACUCCUCGAAGGCUACCAGUUCCCAGUCCGGCUCUCCUCAAGGUCCCCUGCAGUUGGCAGGAAACACUGGAGGGACCUCUACUACUGGAGGUGAUAGCAUGGAAAAUGAUGAGGAUGCUAAAUCUGAGGGCUAUAGCUGGAAAAGUCAUAUUCAGAGAUCAGGAAAAGAUGAUGGAUUUCUUGACAAAUCCUCCAUCUGUUUGCAAGAAAGGCCAAGGAAGGAAAGAAACUUUGAAGGAACACAGCUAGCUUUCCACCUGGAGUUAUUGUCUUGACGAUUUUUCAGAAGUCAUGUCAUUCCCACUACAUUAUUUCCAUGGAACUAUAUUUCUACAUUUAUUUCUUGUAAGUUAGCCCUUUUUGUUUUGGCUCUAAUAUAUUUUUUUCCCUUUGUGUUGUUGAUUACUGAUUAGUUUAUUGGGUUUGCAAAAAGACAAUGCAAGAUCCAGACUAGUAUUGUGAGAGUAUUUGGGGUUUAUAUUCCUUCACAUUAUUGUGAAUGUGUCCAAUUUAAAGUAUUCUGGAAA